AUGGCGCCCAAGAAGAAAAAUGCCGUACCUGCUGUCAGCGCUAAGGCUGAGAAAGAAGCUGACUUGGUAAUGGGGACGAACAAUAGCAGCAUUGUGUCGAAACGAAGCGUCGAGAUGUUCUACUACCCCAAGCCCCAUUUCUUCCGCUACUUCGUCAAGAAGCCCCAACGACGGGCCCCGUUGAUCAACCGUGGAUAUUGGUUGCGCAUGUACGCCAUGGCGGAAUCAGUGCGUCGCUUCAUGCAAGAGCCAUCAGAUAAGCCCAAAUUCGUCCUGAAUCUCGGGUGUGGAUUUGAUCCUCUCCCAUUCAUGAUGCUCAGCGCCGAAAAGCCCCUGUGUAGAGAUACGACGUUCGUGGAUAUCGACUAUGAGAAGCUCAUGGUCAACAAGAAGACGGCAAUCCAGCGGACCAGCGAGAUCACAGACCACCUCGAGAAUGUAGAGUUCUUUCCAGAUGACAAGGCCGUUCAAAUACGCAGCGACCACUAUCUGGCGAUAGGUUGUGAUUUGAAGAACAUAGAGAAGCUGGAUAAGACCUUGCACAAUGAGGUGCUUCCAGCUAAGUGUUCGGUUCUAUAUCUGGCCGAAGUUUCUCUCACAUAUAUGGACGUCGAAUCUGCGAAUGCGGUCGUCAACUGGGCUUCCAAGCUGAGCAGUGACGCCCAGUUCUGUAUCUUGGAGCAGUUCUUCCCCGACGGACCGGAGCAUCCCUUUGCAUCAACGAUGAUGAAGCACUUCAACAAACUCGGGGCGCCGUUAUACUCGAUCCACGAAUAUCCCUCGCUACGCGAACAAGAACGGCGGUUCAGGAAUGCCGGCUGGACGCAAGCGCAGGCCAGAAGUCUAUGGGACCUAUGGUCAGACGACGACUUCCUGAGUAGUUCAACAAGGGCGUCGCUGGACAGUGUCGAGGCAUUUGACGAAUGGGAAGAGUUCGCGCUAUUCGCAUCACACUAUUUCCUCCUACACGCUUCUACAAGAGAACCAACCUCCAAUCACGAGCCCGAAUAUGAGGAUCCUUGUCCAUCUGUCUCUCCUAGCUACACGCUACUUUCUCAUUGUCUGCAAGGAAAUGACCAGCGGAGAUAUGGCGCAAUCGUUCCGGACACUGACCAUUCCCUGGGUUACCAUGGCGGACUAGGUCGGCAGACGCGACUUGCAUCCACGAGCCUUUAUGGGAAGUCCAAAGCGGUUACUAGGUCAAGUCAACCUUUCCCACCAAAUGAUAUGCCCGCCCGAAUGUGUCAUACAGUGACGCCUCUAGCCGGUGAUGACUGUCUGUUGGUGGGCGGUAGAGCCUCGCCAGCAGCAGUUUUUCAAGAUUGCUGGCUGAGGAAGGGAGGGCAAUGGAAGCCGACUCAUAGCCUUCCAGAGCCUCGCUUCAGACACUCUGCAGUAAGGGUGGCUCUUCCAGACGAGACUGAGGGCGUCCUUAUUUACGGAGGGAAAACCAGCGAUGGUCAAGUGCUGGACUCGUGGAUUCUAUGGAACGAGAAUGGAAAUGGAUGGCAAGCAGUCGAGACGUUUGGCGAGAAGCCCCCCGCUCGAUUGGGGGCGUGCUUGGAACUCCUCGAGAGCCAAACAAACAAGGGAACCUUCGAAGGCCGCUCAGAGACAGGUAUUCUCUUCGGAGGAGUUGGAAAAGACAGCAAAAUCAUGGAGGAUAUAUGGACAUUGACCCUCCAUCAGAGGACAGAUGGAAAAUACACUUUGCAUUUCAACGACCUAACCUACGCUCUGCAAAGCGAACCUCUGCUCAAAUACACGACCCGCUUCGGAGCCACGACCAACAGCACCCCGUGGGGACUCGUUGUCGCUGGAGGCAUCAUGCCUCGCCAGAUCGUGCCUGCAGACAAAGAGAUUCUACUUUUGGACUUCAAAGAGCUCCUCAAAUGCCUGGAUUCGGGUGAUGAUUGGAAUGGUAAUUUAAUCUCGGAAAUAGGGCUUGGAAAGGACUUCCGAGGACCGCGUCCGCUACUGACCGGCCAUGCCAGCCAUGCCGCUAGUUCAGACCAGCUCGUCAUUCUGGGUGGUGGCGCGGUGUGCUUCUCAUUCGGGACAUUCUGGACAGAGGGAACUUGGGUGUUGAAGCGGACGGAGUCCACUCUUGAGAAUAAAUGGGCAGUGGUUGCGGAGAACGUGCAACCGACGAAAACUUCCGUAACCCAGAAAUCUCCAGAGAAAUCUGUCCUGCAAAAGGUCGAAGGGAUACCGGUGAUACCGCGGGUUAAAGUUCAGGAACCUGCUCAGUUCCAGCAGAUUCUCGCUGAUGGCAAACCGGUGGUCAUUGAGGGAUCUGAUAUUGGGCCUUGCAGGAAUCUCUGGACGAAAGAAUACCUUACCGAUGCUGUUGGUAGCGACCGCAAGAUUGUCGUGCACGAAGCUCAAUCAGAACACAUGAGUUUCCAAUCCAAGAACUUUGCCUACACGACCAAAGAAUUUGGGACAUUCAUGGAUGAGGUGCAUGCCGGUGGUAGACAAUAUCUGCGGUCCAUCUCUGCAGAUCAGCCCUCCAAGCUCCCUGCAAACCUGGCUGUCGAUUUUCCCAACCUACAUCGUGACUUUCAGUUACCAGCAGCGUUGUCAUUCGUGAUGGAGAACGCACACAGUUCGCCGUUGAGGAUCUCGGGGUUUGUUACACUUUGGCUUCACUAUGAUGUAAUGGCAAACGUCCUAUGCCAAGUUCGCGGCGAAAGAAAACUUGUCCUCUUCCCUCCAAGCGAUGUCCAACAUCUCCACGUGCCACCGGGCGCCUCCAGCUCAAAUGUCGAUAUAUUCCGGAACCUCGAUGGCUCCGUCGCUUGUCCUCCAGGCACCUCACCCCAGGAGGCCAUCCUCAAACCCGGCGAUAUCCUCUUCAUCCCACCACUAUGGCUACACACUGCCUCUCCGACGGGUGAGGUUAGUGUAGGGGUAAACGUGUUUUUCCGCAAUCUUUCGACUGGAUAUGCGGCCGGUCGGGAUGUAUAUGGGAAUCGGGAUUUGCAGGCGUAUGAGAAGGGGCGGGGUGAGGUUCAGAAGAUCGCGAAGGGGUUUGAAGGUGUUCCGCCCGAUAUGGUGAGGUUCUAUUUGUUGCAGCUUGCGCAGGAGCUUAGGGAGCAGGCUGGUGUUUGA